AAUACUGGAGCCAACUGAUGCUGGUGGAGCAGGAAAACAUGGAUCCAGGGCAUGUGAUUGAGAAUGUCAACGCCUUCUCCACCCCCCAGACCCCUGAGGUCCAAGUGAGCAUCCUUGGCCCUCUCACCACCCCGGAGCAGAAGCUCUCCAAGACUCCCUCCUCCAGCUCCCUGUCCCAGAGGGUCCGUUCCACCUUCAGCAAAACCACUCCCAGGUUUGGGAGCAAAAGCAAGUCCAGCAUCCAGCUGGGGCACCAGGGCAACUUCUUUGCCUCUCCCAUGCUGAAGUGAAGCCCUGGGAAUAAAGUUGGUCCCCUCCUGGCAUUUGCACUCCAACAAAUCCAACAAGUCCAA